AUGCGCCACUUUCCUUCCUUCCUUCCUUCCUUCCUUCCUUCCUUCCUUCCUUCCUUCCUUCCUUCCUUCUAUCUAUCCCUCUUUCUUUCUUUCUUCUUAACUGUCUUUCUUCUAUCUAUGUUCUCUACCUGCCCUAAUUUUCCUUCCUUCCUUCCUUCCUUCCUUCCUUCCUUCCUUCCUUCCUUCCUUCCUUCCUUCCUUCCUUCCUUCUUAACUCUCUUCCUUCUUUCUUUCCUUCUUGUCCUCAGUUUUACUUCCUCCCUCCUCCUUCUUUCCUUUCUCUUUCUAUCUAUCCCUCCUUCUUUUUCCUUCCUUCCUUCUUCUCUUUCUUCUUUGUUCACUUCCUGCCCUAAUUUUCCUUCCUUCCUUCCUUCCUUCCUUCCUUCCUUCCUUCCUUCCUUCCUUCCUUCUCUUUCCCAACAGUUAUUCUCUAUUCCUUACCUUUUCCUUUUCAUUCUCAUUUUCUAUUAUUUUUUUUUACCUUUUCUCUUUCUAUUUCUUUUUAUUCCAAUAUUUAAUUAUUUCUGCCUUUCUUUUCAUUUUUUCAUCAAUUUCUUUGCCUCUUUUAUUUUUAUGUUUAAACUUUAUCUUCUCUUCUUUGUCGAUUUCCUUUGCUUUCAUUGCUUGUAUUUUUUAACAUUACCGCCUACGCUCUUCCAUAUUCCUUCUUUCCUUCUUUCUUUCUUUCUUUCUUUCUUUCUUUCUUUCUUUCUUUCUUUUACAUUUUCUACUUUAAAUAUAUUUUUAUCAUUGUUUCUUAACUUUCUUCUUCCUACAUUUAAUAUAUUUUUUAUUCUUUUUUGUUUGCCAUUCAUUUUUCUUUCCUUUCUUCCUUCCUUCCUUCCUUGCGGUCUAUUCAUACUUCAACUCAUUUCCCUCUCCUUUUCAUUUUUUCUUCGUUUUUAUUUUAAAAUCUCCCUUGCACUUUCUCUCGUUCGUUCGUUCCUCCCUUCCUUCCUUCUUUUUCUUUCUUUUCGCCGUUUCUACAUUACCCUCCCCUUUUUCCUUUACAUUUUUCUUCCUUUCUUUUUUCUUUCUUCAAUUUUACUUCCGUUCAGCAACUUUGCUUUCUUUUCUUUUUUUUCUAUUUUAAGCUUUCAACAUUUUAAAGCCUUUCAUGUUUAUCCUUUCUUUUCAAAUCCUUCUCCCCUCUUUCUUUCGUUACGUCCGACCUGUUUCUUUCUUUAUUCAUUACUUGCUUUUCUCUUUCUUAUUAACUAUUCCUGUUUGCUUCGUUCGUUCCUUCCUUCGUUCGUUCGUUCGUUCCUUCCUUCCUUCGUUCGUUCCUUCCUUCCUUCCUUCGCUAGUAGAAGUGUGAACACUGAUAACGGUCUGGUUGACAUCCAAUUAUCUAUCUAUCUAUCUAUCUAUCUAUCUAUCUAUCUAUCUAUCUAUCUAUCUAUCUAUCUAGGAUUGGUAGUACCUAUCUAUCUAUCUGCCUUCAUUUAUUUUCAGACGUAUAUAUAUGUGAAAGAUAUAUCUAUCUAUCUAUCUAUCUAUCUAUCUAUCUAUCCGUUCAGAGAGAGAGAGAGAGAGAGAGAGAGAGAGAGAGAGAGAGAGAGAGAUCAAGUGCGCACAUUUCGCUGGUCCCUUGAUGCUCGGCGCUUGCGGGUAUCCGCGCUUUCUUUCGAUAUUCUUUCUUUCUUUCUUCCUUUCUUUCUUUCUUUUCUUUCUUUCUUUCUUUCUUUCUUUCUUUCUUUCUUUCUUUCUUUCUUUAUUUCUGCGUUAUUUUGUUUGUUUGUUUCUUUCUUUCUUUCUUUUUCUGAAGCCUAG